AUGAACUCAGAAAAUGGACUGAAGACUGAAGCUGAUAAAAUGCGCAGAGUUAUGAAGGCUCAAAGCAGAGAAGUCCAAGUGUUUGUCCGAAUCAGACCAACAGCCAGCUUCGACACAGACCUCAUUGAAUGUCUCCCCGACGGACAGACGGUGAACAUCCACCACUGGAGAGACUCCAGGCAGCUCCAUGAAAGAAGGAGAAGUCAGCUGAGCUCCCAGUCAUUCAGGGUGGAAGGCGUCCUGCAGGAUGUCUCUCAGGAGGAGGUGUACACCCGAGUAUGCAGGCGGGUGGUGCUGGGAGCACUGGACGGCUAUAAUGGUACUGUGAUGUGUUUUGGGCAGACUGGUUCAGGAAAGACCUACACCAUGACAGGAUCCACAGAAUCAUACAAGCAAAGGGGAAUCAUUCCUCGAGCCCUUCAGGAGGUGUUACAAGAGGUGGAGAAAAGGACAGAGUACGCCUUCUCUGUGCACCUGUCCUACCUGGAGAUCUACAAUGAGACCCUGGUAGACUUACUGUCAUCCCUGCGAGGGACCCCACAGCCGUCACCACGAGGGAUGGUUGUGAUGGAAGAGCUAGGGAGAGGUGUAUUCAUCCGUGGUCUGUCGCUUCAUCCUGUCCACAGCGAGGAGGAGGCACUCAACCUGUUGUUUGAGGGUGAGAUGAAUCGUAUUAUUGGCUCUCAUGCAUUGAACAAGAACUCCUCCAGGUCCCACUGUAUCUUCACUGUGCACAUAGAGUCUCGCUCACGGACUCUGUCUGAUGCCAAGUUUGUCACCUCAAAGCUGAAUCUGGUGGAUCUAGCUGGGUCAGAGAGGCUGGGAAAGACAGGGUCAGAGGGUCAGAUGCUGAAGGAAGCCGUGUAUAUCAACAAGUCCUUGUCUUUCCUGGAGCAGGCCAUCCUGGCCCUGGCAGACCGUCGCAGAGACCACAUUCCCUUCAGGCAGACUAAACUCACACACGCCCUCAAAGACUCACUGGGAGGGAAUUGCAACACUGUGCUUGUGGCCAACAUCUACGGUGAGGCUGCACAGAUAGAAGAAACACUCUCCACUCUGCGUUUUGCCAGCAGGAUGAAGUGUGUUCAGACUCAGCCUGCUGUUAACGAGCAUGUGGAUCCAGCAGUGCAGAUCAAGAAGCUUCAGAAAGAGGUAGACUUGCUGAAGGAGGAACUGUCCAUGUACAAUACACUGGUGGACAAGCAGAGAAUCACAUACGAGCCGUUGUCUGAGGCUCAAACAGCUGAGAUUAAAAGCCAGGUUCAGAUGUACCUCCAGGGAAGCCUUCAGGAAAUCAAUAUCACAAGUGUCAGGCAGGUCCAAGCAGUGUUCGCGCAAUUCAAGCUUUCUGUGCAGGAGCAGGAGCAGAGGGUGAAGGCUCAGCUGUGUCAGACCUCCAGCUUGGUGGAGAGAUCAAAAUACCAAAAUGCUCACACAGCUACCGUCAAGCGGGAUAUCAGAGGCCGCACUGAGGAUGCUGGAAGCUUUGGAGUGUUUGCUGAGUCUUCUAGAAAUGCUCACCAUCCAGGUUCGACCAGAGCCAAAACUAAGAAGGGGAGGGACAAACAGAGCAAAAGACAGGGAACAGAGAGUCCAGCUUUGAGGAAGAAUGUUGAGAGUGCCUCCAAGUCAACACUGAAUUCUGUUCAAACGCCCGAGGGGGAGCUGGAGUCUGAGGAACCAGACACAGAGAGCCAGGACAGACAGGAACCCUUCCCCCCGGACACUCCUCCAACGAAAGCUGAAGCCUUUGAAGAUUUCAAGGUGGGACAAGGUAGCGAGAUCAACUGCAUCCUUAAGGAGAACAAGACCGUGCUGCUGGAACGCCGCAGUCUUCUUCGCCAGCUCACUGAGGAGGUCAACGCUGUCAAGAGAGAGAUCGACUGCACUGCGGCCACCAUACAGCAGCACAAGAUGAGAGGAGGUCAAUAUUUGGCUGUGGGGGAUGAGACUGUGCAGCAGGAGCCAGAUGACACUUUACUGAUGCAGCUCAGAGAGUUAAAGUCACUGUACCGGCAGAGGUAUGAAGUGCUGCGUGACAUCAAGGCCGAGGUCAGCUACUGUCAGCACCUUGUGGAUCAGUGCAGGGUGCGCCUGCUCUCUGAAUUUGAGAACUGGUAUGAGAAGUCUUUCCUGGUACCUGAUGAGGAGCUGGAUAUAAUGAUGGAGAAGACCCACACACAUGAAGAAGAUAACCAGCGACCAUCGUAUGAGCCUCUUGCCGAUAGCAGCAGCUCCGAGUCCUUCUACAACGCCCGCGACAGAACGCUGAAGAGAAGGAGUAGCAGGAUGCCGCCGUCCACUCCAGUUCAGAGGAACACAUCUGCAGGACAGAGACUUCCUCCGAUUCAGCAUGUUACUUAAGUGUUGGAGAAGGUGUUGGGACAGGUGAGGGUGACUCCGUCAGCUGGUCUAGUGUGCCACGCUUCUUCCCGUCACGAGACUUGGCGAUGACCAUCUGAGCUUUCAGUGCGUCUUGCUCCAGAGACUUCAUUCUACAAGAGAAACAAACGCCUUCAGAUAAAUAAUGAGCUAAAACCUUCAGGAAGCACAGACCCCUAUAUGUGGGUGUAGCGCCCAUCACUACUUAUUCUGGGUGCUCCUUGUCCUGGUUUGCUGAGGACCGGUUUCAAUUUCCUUUCUCAAUGAGAGGCAUUCCAGGAAAAGGAAAACCUACUGAUAGUAGGCUUACCCUCAACUCACAAAUAGCUUGCAAACUUACCACGGACUGUGUUAGUACUGAUAAAAGUAUGGAAAUCAAGAGAACAGCAAGAGGCAAAUGAAAAAGGUGCUGCAGAGAGGGAGGGGGGACAAAACUAAGAAUAAAGAGAGGGAGGGACUAGAGGAAGCUAGGAACAGCAGAGACGUGCAGAAGCAAGACAGCACUGGAAAGGCAGUGAAGCACUGUCACAGUUUGGCUGCGAGUGCUUGCUUGGACCUUUCCAAACUCAGCCUCGAGCAAAAUACCCCAAAGCACCCCAGCACACCCCCACGAUGCCGUGCGUCUGGCCCUGGUGGCUGAGGGCCGAGGAGCAGACCUGAGCUGGGAGGCAGCAGAGGAGGAAGUAGAGAAGGAGGUGGGGGGUUGGGGGGACUCGGCCGUGCCCUGAGACGCCUUCACUCUGGCCUGGUAGAGCCUCUUAGCCAGGUCCUGCUCAUACUGCUUAACAUCCUCCUCAAGGCCGUACGGCCUGGGCCCCACAGGGAUGGGGAGGGAGGGUGAAAGAGAGGAGGAUGGGAGAGGAUGAAGGGGACACCGGGGUGAAGGAGGAGUGUGAUCAGAAAAAGGAGAAAAAGGCAUACAGAGAGAAAAAGAGGAGACAACCAAAGAAUGGAGGGUAAAAGACACAUUUAAAGAGCCAGGAAUAAUUAAGACUCAAAUUUUAGACAUGAAAAUAUAGAAAGAGGAGAGGAGACGAGCUAACACACACACAACGGGGUGUUAUAACACAAUGAUCUGAGAGCUGAUACUCGGAUUGGCUGGUAAAAAAUAAAAUAGAUGUUUGUCUUUUUCCUUUCGCACAAUCUGAUUACUACCAAUGUGCUGGAAAUACUCCCUGGGACAAAAGGUCAUUGACCCUGGAUGUUCUAUUUACCGUGCUGCUCUCCACAUGGCUCUCUUCUCAGCCUCCAGCGCUCGUUUCUCAGCAGGGGACAGGUCCUUGUCAGAGGCCACGGCAAGUUCAGGGCUCUGCAUCCGGAGCCUCUCUUGAUGUCUGCGCUCGGCUUUGGCUGUGCGGAUCGGAGCCGCGGACUCCCCGGGGUACACCGGUAUCAAACUGACAAAACAAACAAGAUGCAGUGAGUACGGUGACAAAAACAACAACAGAAGGAGACUGAAGAUGUUGUUGUUCGAAGUAAUUACCCCGUCAUGGAGUUGGGCCUCUGCUCAAGCCUGAAGCUGUCAUCCAGUGAAUUCCUCUGAGAGUCUCCCUUCCCAUCAACAGAGGACGGCCUACGAACGUGACAAACAAUGAGCUGAAGAAGCUCCAAAAAAACCCAUUUGAAGCAAUGAUGAAGAGGAACUCACCCUGAGCUGCCGCAGUAGCUCGGUGGUGUGACGUUGUAGCACGGUGGUGUGGGGCAGUGCUGCGAUGUGGGGGUAACUGGCUCCACCUUGUACUCCACUCCAUCCAGCAGCACUUUGCCAGAAGCCUUCAUGUGCGCCACCUGCCUUGCCAGGUCCUCCUCUUCAUCCUCAUCGUCUUCAUCCAGCAGAUACUCCCUCGCUCGCUGCUCAAACUUCCUCUCUGAGAAGGGAGGAACAGACGGAGAAGUUUGUAAAUAUGAGACAGAUACCAUCAUCUGUUAUUUUCAAAGGAUGCUCAGAGAACAACAAACCUUCUUCCUCCCUCAUUUUCUUCAGGUCAUCUUCUCCAACAAGAGAGACUCGAGGUUUGGGUUUUUCUGGGGUCUGCUGCUUCACGUCGAUUUCAAAAUACUUCUGUCUGUCCCUGAAUGAGCGCUGCUCCGGGCUGCUCUUACCGCUGGGAGAAGGACUCUGAGAAAGAAAGAACAGAAUACAAAAUGAGGUUCAUUUUCUGCUUCAGUUUUAAGAGCACCAGAAGGACCUGCAGUGUUAAAGAGAUGGCAGAACAGCAAAUACGGGCUGGUGUUUUCUAAUGAAGAGUUGAUUCUUGUUGUUUUUCUUUGCUGCAAAGCCAAAAAAGCAAAAACUGAAAGAGAAAAAAAAAGUCCAACUGACCAAGAAGAAAUAAAAAUUGGCCUUUAAAAGCGAACCCAGCACCACCAAGCUGAUUAAACAUCGAUUAGAUGGCGGUCUAAUUAUUGCCAGAUAAAACACAUCUGUCUCCCAGAGUCCAGGAGCAGGGAAACCGCCACCGUUCAAGCCGAGCACACCACAGCCAAGGACAGAGAACUGCUGCCGUACAGGAGAUGUGGCGGAGGCGGUGGAUACCUGCAGUUCCAUACUCGGCCUGGAGAAGCGAGGCACUGCUGCCAGGCUCAUAUAAUCCUGACGCGGGGAGGGCUUGCUGUUCGGACUCAUAGCAGCUCCCUCCUGACCAUCUAUGUCAUCAUCAAACACCUCGUUGAUCAACUCAGGCUGAAAAGGGCCACAGAGGUCGUCACCAGACGGUCAGACUAAGACGCCGAAGAGCCGUCCUUAUUUUCUACAAAACUACAAUUAUCUUAGAGCAAGUAAAAAUGUGUUUAUUCUUAAAGCUGCAGAAUGAACAUCAACUUAUUCAGUACCAAGUUCUCGGAGCAUUACCUGCUGGGAAAAAAAAUCCAAGAAUAAAGAGGAGAGUCCCCCUUUGUGAGGAAUCA